AUGUCGACCAAGCUCGAGUCGGUGUAUGAGCUGAGAUGCUCCUGUAAUGACUAUCCAUGGGGAAAGAAGGGAAAGGAAUCUCUAGCUGCUAAAUUGUGCGAACAGCAACAUGGAUGGACUGGGGACGGCCCUGACAGUGUGUUCAAGAUCGACGACAGCAAAGCUUACGCAGAGAUGUGGAUGGGUACAUACCCCGAGUUGCCUUCAUAUAUUGCAGGUACCGGAGAAGAUCUCCAAGACGUGUUGGAUAGAUAUUCGAAAGAGCUCGUCGGCGAGGAGACGCUGAAGAAAUUUGGUCAUUCCAAGCUGCCAUACUUACCUAAAGUACUUUCCAUCAGCAAGGCACUCCCGUUACAAGUCCAUCCGAACAAGGAGCUGGCCGCAAAGCUGCACAAGGAAGAUCCGGAGCAAUUCACUGAUCCCAACCAUAAGCCAGAAAUUGCUAUAGCAUUGUCGAAAUUUGAGGCCUUCUGCGGCUUCAAGCCAACUCAGGACAUUGCCGAUCUUCUCACCAUUGAGGCUUUGCACAAAUUUCUCCCAGAAGGGAGCACAAAGGGCAAAAUCGAUAACGACCAGUUGAAGACUGUGGUGGGAAAUAUACUCAAGGCCGAUGACAAGACCAUUCGCGAUACCUACACUGCCAUUACCAAACUACCUGGCUCUGCUUUUGGCAAGUAUGACUUUAUCCCGAGCCUGGCGCCUCGCUUGGCUGAACAAUACUCCGAGGCCGACCCCGGUACCCUUGUAGCCUUGAUUACAAUGAAUUACCUUGUGCUGGAACCUGGGGAGAGCAUCUAUAUCCCAGCGGAUGGAAUACACGCGUACCUUUCCGGAGACAUCAUCGAGUGUAUGGCUCGAAGCAACAACGUGCUCAAUACCGGCUUCUGUCCUCGAGCCGAGCGCAACAGCGUUGAUCUCUUUUGCUCUACUCUGACCUUCUCCCCACAUUCGAUCGAGGAGUGUAUGCUCCGGCCCAAGUCAUACCAUCGAAGCAAGAACGGGAAAACGAAAUUAUUUGCUCCGCCCAUGAGCGAAUUUGACAUGCUAGAGACCACGCUGAAAACCGGCGAGCACGAGACUUUGGGCGCGGCAGGAGGACCGAGCAUUCUGCUCGCUACCAAGGGCGAUGUCGUGUUGAAGGCAAGCGGCAAGUCUUACAACGUUACUGAAGGCUCAGUAUACUUCAUCGCCCCCAAAGUUGAGCUCGAAUUGGAAGGAACGUCGUCAGCGCAGCUACAUAUUGCGUUUGUUGAGGGCAGCACAAAGUGA